GCGACCCGGAGAGGGAGAAGCGAUGGGUGGAACUGUUCGACGAACUGGACUUGAACAGUGAUGGAGUCAUCGAUAUCCACGAGCUCCGGGUGGGGUUGGCGAAACGUGGGCUCUCCCGCCGCGCGGUGGACCGGCAGAUUGUCAAGGAGGGGGACAGCAACAAUGAUGGAGAGUUGGACUUUCAGGAGUUCCGGCAGUACCUCCGCUCCCACGAGGAAGAGCUCCGACUCAUGUUCCUCAGCCUGGACCGCAACAACGACGGUGAGAUAGAUGUAUCAGAGAUUCAGCAGUCCCUUCAAACUCUGGGAAUAGCUGUGAGUCUGAAGGAGGCUGCCACGAUCAUGAAGAGUAUUGACAGGGAUGGUAACAUGACCAUCGACUGGGAUGAGUGGCGAGAUCACUUCCUGUUCAACCCCAUACACAGUCUGGAAGACAUCUCUCGCUACUGGAAACACUCUCAUAUGCUGGACAUAGGAGACAACCUGACCUGUCCUGAUGAGUUCUCCGAGCAGGAGAAGAAGUCAGGGUUCGUCUGGAGACAGCUGAUGGCUGGAGCUAUGGCAGGAUCAGUCUCCCGGACCGGCACCGCCCCACUGGACCGCCUUAAAGUCUUCCUGCAGGUGCAUGGCUCGACCCCGGGGAACCCUGCAGGGGCCCUUGGGGUGGGGAACAUGGUCAGUGGGCUGAGGGCCAUGGUGAAGGAGGGGGGAUUCAGUUCCCUGUGGAGGGGCAACGGGGUCAACGUCAUGAAGAUCGCCCCCGAGACCGCCAUCAAGUUCUGGGCCUACGAACAGAUUAAGAGGUGGAUGCGUGGCAGUGAGGAGAGGGGACCUCUGAGGGUUCAUGAGAGGUUUGUAGCUGGGUCGUUAGCAGGAGCUACCGCUCAGACAGCCAUCUACCCUAUGGAGGUCCUGAAGACUCGUCUGACCCUGGGGAAGACAGGCCAGUACACCAGUGUGUUAGACUGUGCCAGACAGAUCCUCCACAGGGAGGGCAUCAUGGCCUUCUAUAAAGGAUAUGUACCCAACAUCAUAGGCAUCAUACCCUACGCUGGCAUUGACCUCGCCGUCUACGAGACUAUGAAGAAUGCGUGGCUUGCGAGGCACACAGAUUCAGCAGACCCAGGUGUUGUGGUGUUGGUAGGGUGUGGAACCAUGUCCAGUACCUGUGGUCAACUAGCCAGUUACCCUCUGGCUCUGGUCAGAACACGCAUGCAGGCACAGGCCUCUGUUAAGGGCGGCCCUCAGCUCUCCAUGCUAGGUCUGUUCCAGAACAUUGUGACCCAGGAGGGCGUGGCUGGCCUCUACCGCGGCAUCGCCCCCAACUUCCUGAAAGUCAUCCCCGCCGUCAGCAUCUCCUACGUAGUCUAUGAACACAUGAGGUGGAGAAUAGAGAAAUCUCUGGGAUAGGAUGACAACAUCUCCCUGUUGUGUGGUUGGUUGGUCCUGAAGAAGGAAGGGAUACGCCACUGGAACCUUGGAACCACCAGGACUUCUAGAACUGUUCAUAUUGGAACCACCAGGACUUCUAGAACUGUUCAUAUUGGAACCACCAGGACUUCUAGAACUGUUCAUAUUGGAACCACCAGGGCUUCUAGAACUUUUCAUAUUGGAACCAGGGUGACUUGAGAACUUUUCACAAUGAAAAAAGGACCAGUAGCAAUCUACCUGCCAUGACUCAUUGUAGGUGGAAGAAGAGGAUGAGGAAGAGGAGAAGACGAGGUGUUGAAGUCUUUCUUUCGAUGAUCUGAAAGGAUUGGGAUGUGCUUGUGGACACAGGAUUGAAAUAAACCUCUGCCUACGA